UAUAAAUCUCUAUUAUCUAUGUAUAAUUGCAUUUUGCAAAUGGCGUUGACGUAAAUAAACAAUUGAAAACAAAAUUUUUAUUAAUUUUUAUUAAAUAUGGCUCCAAAACUAAAAUUUGCGGAAGGUGAAAAAGUUUUAUGCUUCCAUGGACCUCUUAUCUACGAAGCUAAAUGCCUAAAAAGUUCUGUAACUAAAGACAAACAUGUUCGCUAUUUAAUACAUUACGCUGGUUGGAAUAAGAAUUGGGAUGAGUGGGUGCCAGAAAGUAGAGUCCUGAAGUACAAUGAGGCCAAUGUGCAGAGACAGAAAGAGGUGCAAAGGGCACAUUCUGCUCAACCUGUGAAAACUAAAAAAACGCCAGCAAAAGGUCGUAAGUCUGAAGCUGCUGCAAGCUCCACUCCUGCUAGGGAGGAAUCCAGAGCAUCUACACCAGCUGGUAAAGAAAGUGAGACUGGACCAACAGCAGCCAAAGCCACAAAGACACAAAGUAAAGACACUCCCGUGGACUCUGGGUCCGAUCAACCUAAAAAAAAACGCGGCCGCCUAGACCUAUCAAUCGAAUCGGAAGAGCAGUACCUAGCAAAAGUGGAAGUCAAAAUCAAAAUACCUGAAGAACUGAAAGUUUGGCUAGUAGACGACUGGGAUGUAAUCACAAGACAGCAAAAACUAGCCAUCCUGCCUGCUAAACUGACAGUAUCACAGAUUGUUGACAACUACUUAGCGUUUAAGAAGUCUAGUAAACUACAUAAUCAAGCUAAGGAGUCAGUGCUGGUGGAUAUCACGGAGGGAAUUAAAGAGUACUUCAAUGCAACGCUUGGCUCACAACUUCUGUACAAGUUUGAACGGCCACAGUACAGUGAAGUAUUGCAGGAUUACCCCGACACACCAAUGUCCCAAAUAUAUGGGUCGAUACAUUUGCUGCGACUCUUCGCCAAGAUGGGCCCAAUGUUGGCCUACACUGCAUUGGAUGAGAAGUCCCUCCAACACGUGCUCAUUCACAUACAAGACUUCCUCAAAUACAUGGUCACCAACAGGUCCACACUGUUCAACUUGCAAGACUAUGGCAACGCCACUCCGGAGUAUCACAGAAAAGUGCAGUAGUUUUAAGUGAAUGUUUUGACAACUUUAGUAAUAGAGUGGAUUAGUUUUUUA